AUGACCUGCAAUAAGAGGAAGGGGGUCGACGGUGAGCCCGACGGCAACGAAACUGGCAAGAAGACGAAAAGGGAGGAGGACGAGCCAGGACUGCCAGAAAUCCAGUCCAAAGCGGGCAUGAUCCAAGGCCCUGACGACGCGUCCAUCACGAGCCUGUUCACUACCCUCUUCUACACCAUCAACACCUUCGUCCACGAAUAUUUCAAGGGCGCGCCCUAUUCCAUGGCCCGCAAGAAUGAUCAGAAGGUGUUUUUCGAAAGCCUGACCGGCAGUGACUCCACGGCAUACCUGAAGUCAAAACAGCCAGGAGCUAAAGAGGCGAUCAUCACGGCCGCUAUCUGGAAUGAACUCAUCAGGCCCUUGCUGAGUGCACCGAUCACAGCCUUCAAUGAGACGAUUCCAGAGCACGCUAUUAAAAACCAUACUUCAGGUGCCGUCGAAGAGUUCUACGCUUGGCGCACUCUCACCGCCCACUUCCUUGCAAGCCACUACAAGGGGCCUAUCUCCUGGGGCGAGGGCGGCGAGCGGCGAGAGCAAUUCGUUGAAGAGAUGGCAUCGCUCCUUCUCGACCACUCUGUUAUAAAACGACAGAAUGAACUGGAAAGUGGGCUGGACGGCAUUGCCGACAAAGCCUUCCAUCUUGCCACAGCCAUGGCCUGCAGCAGGGCAUACUGGGUUUGCACGACGAGGGACCCUCGCAUCGGGAAACUGCACGGCUUCAAGAUCAAGACGGACCGAAUGGAUGACGUCGAUCUCUGGGACGAGGACGAGGGACACGGAAAGGGCACGACUGUCGAUCUGGUCAAGACUCCGAUGUUGCUCAAAUAUGGAAACAGCGAUGGUCAGAAUUACGACCAGUGCCGCGUGGUCAGGAAGGCUGAGGUAGUCGUGAAGGCAAAGAAAGCCCAUGACUAG